GACAAACCGUUUGAGCGUCACCAGUGUGCCGGUCAGCUUCUUGCAGCGACGUAGCGCCGACUCCAAACGGUCGGGCUCUUCUUUGAGGAACUUUUCUUCUCGCACCACUUUCUCCAUCUCGUUAGACAGGAUGCAGCGCAAGCCAUUCGACAGGGAUGGGAACUUUAGCUUCAGCUCGGCGACGGUUUUGCUAAAAAGGAACUUGUUUAUUGUUCGAUCCUGGGUCAUAUUCGACCACUCACCUUGCCCGGCUCAGCACCAGAGCCAUGUCUUCCACGGCCGUCAUGUUGACGCGUGUUCGCCGGUUAAUGACCUCGCCGCGCAGGUUCUCAACAGACCCCUCCAGGUCGCUGAGGUCCUUCUCCAGGCGGAUUACUUCUUGCUUGUAGAGCUCCUCCUCCCGCGAAAUGCGUGUGGCGUCCUGGUCGCCCUGGUGAUCCCAGAAGCUGCCGCUGCUCGCCAGCAGAGUAGCGCGAAUCCGCAUGAAGGUUCCCUUGAUGUCUUCGCGCACGGCAACAGCCUGGGCCUGCGAGAGGCGCCUCAGGGUGCGCACCUCCAUGCGCAGGUCCUUGGCCUUCUUCUGCAGGCCGCGCAAAUGGUUGUACACCUCAGGAGCCAGGGCAAUGUCCGCCCGGUAGUUGGGAUGAGCGGUCUGGGCUAGCACGAUCGGCUUGGGGGGCGGAGGAGGCUUUAGUCGGUCACGCUCUGUGGAGGGAGGGAAGAUGGUCAGGAGAGCACUCGGCGAAUUGGGGAACUUGUUAAUGGACAAAUGUGGCUGAUGCAGGCGUGCCGUGUUCUUACCUUGGGACGAGGUGCGUGGAAGAGUGGACGACUUGAUUGCCGGCUUGGUUGGCUUCGUUUCGGCUGUAAAGACCACGCCCAUUUCGGAGGCAGUGAGUUGCAGUGGUGAGAAAGGGAAACGAAUGGCUUGCAUUGUGUCUAGGAAGCGUUUCACCCACACCAAUCAACCGCACUCAGAAUAAAAUUCGCUCUAACUUUAAUAAUCGCCACGGUUUAUUAUCACUUUUUUUUUGUAAAUUUUCUUUCUUUCUAGUAUGCUCGUCCAUGGGAUUAUCUCAGUUUUUGAUUGAUUUUUAUUCUGAGUGCAAGGCUGUACAUAUAAAUAAAUUACCGGCAUGUAGGGGAUUGUGAGACUUUGGUAUUCCCUGUAUGUCAUCGCUAAAUGACACGGACUUCUCAAAGGACACGGAUUUUUCUGCAAGACAAGGACAAGACAAUAUGUGACGGCUUUUCAGAGGCUGCAAAGGAUUGGGCCUCCGGUUCCGGCGACACUUACGGCACGAGUUUUUGCCCAGCUUGGGAGCUUUCUCCCGAAUGUACAGCUCAUCCCCGGAGCCGUUGGCUGCGCGGCGUGCGGAAGAGAGAACAAAUUAGACAUGUAGUUAGAGGGGAGAGACCGGGUGCAAGGAGUCUGGAAGUUGGGCCAUGUCUUUAGAUCUACAAAGCGGUGCUACAAGCCAAGCGAGUGCCGUGGACAACAUUCAGGGAUUGCAGGGACUCAUAUUCGUACCUUGCAUCUGCGACGGCACGACCAGAUAGUUUGGGUCCAGAGUGGGCACGGCCAGCGGGGCAAUCUGGGGGUUCUGGUUAACGAGGGCCUUCUGCACUAGUCCCGUCAGGUUGGCCAGCUGCCUUUCCAUGUGCUCCACACGAAUCCGAUGCAAGUCUUCGGGCCUGCAAGUGUUGCGUGCUUGGCAAGCAGCGAUCAUUGGGCCACACAUCCGCUGGCACCACAUCGCUCCAAUUGCGCAGCCAAGCCUAGGCAUCCGACAUCAGAGCAUAGACACCGGAAUUGGAUUUGGUAUCCAAGUCGAAGUCGAAGUCGAAACGCGGGUCGCAGCACUUAGCGCAUGGGAGCGUGAACCAAAACAGCAAGAAUGCAGCUGCAUGACUGCAUAAGCUGCUAUUCGACUUCUUUAUACCCUAACCUGCGCUGCGCUGUGCUGUCAGGCCGCUCAUCUGGUCCAAUAUACCCUCCGUCUCGUUUGGCCGUUGGAGGCAGCGAAAAGUAAGUCCGUGCUAGCACGCAAUGUCGGUGCCAAUCCGCUUUCGCAGUCGACGAGUUGGAGCUGCGCAAGAACCACCAAGAGCUGCCCGCAAAGACAUGACUACAUGCAGUGUGACCAGCACACCAGCGCGGUUUGCCCGCUGCCUGGCUAACUUCCAGGUGGACGAGCUGCUGCUGUUAAAGAAGUCCGUGAUGAGUAUGGAGGCGCUGGAUAAGAACGAUAGUCUCCAGCCGACUACGGAAUGCCCACAGAUGGCGCCGGAUGGAUCGCCACUGCCAGAGCGAAUGGCCUUGAUGGCCGCAGAUCGGGGUGAGCACGACACCACUGGCUCCCAUGGUCCCUGGCACUCCCAUCCACACGCGCCGACUUCCUGGACCGAGGAAAAGCCCUCAAAGUUGCAGACCCUAUUCCAGAUCAGCAUUACGGCCCUGGCCUUUCUCUCCUUCGGCGGCUAUCUACUCUGCCUAAUCGUGCAGGCCAUCAAGAGCAAGGGCACCACCUACUUCCAUCCGGUGGCCACGGCCACGACCAGCUCAUCCACAAGCAAUGUGAAACGCAUCAAGAUAUACCGCCGCAGCAAGCGCAGCUCUGUGCGCCCCGAUACCGAUCUGCCAACCCUGCUGCAGCAGGACUACGCCUCCUACAUGAAAUCUUUGCGAGAUCGCGGCUGGGGCAUGCUUACCUAGUGGGAUCGUAGAUCUGGUUGCCGCGAUGCGUGAGGCGGUUGGGUCCUGGUCCCACCUUUAUGCCGUACAGUGCGUACUGAUCCUCUGUCAUGGUUCCAUCGCUGUAAAUGGCAAAGAUUAGUUAAGAUGCUAAUGCUACUACAACAACAUCUAUUCCUACUCCCCCCCUCGCACCUCUGCUCCUCGUCGAUAAUGGGCGCCACCACGGCGCCCCUCGUUCCGUACUGGCUGUAGUAUGGCUCCUCGUAGUUUCCGCGGCUACUGCGCUCCGGGGAACUGGUAUAUCCAUCUGCAAAUACAGCCUGGUCGUUUAGAACUUGGACUCUUAAUGAUGGGAGGAUCGUAGCUAUGUGCGUGCUUGGUAGCCUAUAGUUUGUGGUUCAAUUUAGGUAUAACGAAACGCAAUAAAGGAACGCAAACGAGCAAUUCGAAAUG